AUGAACACGGAGCUGUUGGAGAUUCAACCUGAAGAAGUUAAGUUCAUAUUUGAAUUCCAGAAACAAAGCUCAUGUUGUAUUCGACUGACAAAUAGAUCUGAUCACCAUGUUGCUUUUAAGGUUAAAACCACAUCUGCAAAGAAAUACUGUGUCAGACCACAUACCGGAAUCAUUAAGCCAAAUUUAACAUGCUCUUUCACAGUUACUAUGCAAGCACAAAAUGCAGUGCCUUCUGAUUUUGUAAGCAAGGACAAGUUCUUGAUUCAAAGUACAAUUGUUCCCAAGGGGACAAAAGAGGAGCAUAUCACAUCUACAACGUUUUCUAAAGAGGAAGGAAAGCAUAUUGAGGAAAAGAGGCUUCAAGUGAUCCUUGUUAGUCCACCCUCCUCACCUGUAUUGUCUCCAAUGAAUGAGAUAUCAAGGAUAAGGCCAUAUAAUGCAUCCCCAGAAUCAAAUGAUGAUUUUGCUCAAAGAUAUAGCUGUUAUGCACCUGUUGAGGAGGGAAUAGAGGUGUCAAAAACUAGAAAGAGUGUUUGUGUAGUGGCAAUGAAGAAUGAGAAAUCUUUAGCAAGGAAGCAUACAGAAGAGCUGAGAUUAUCAAAUGAUGUGGAAGAGAUGAAGUCAAAACUCAGAGAACUUGAGUCACUGCUUCGACAGGAAAAGCUUAGAAAUAAUCAAAACACAAGAACAAAAGGGCAGAUUGGAUUCCAAUUCCUGUUUGUUGUUGUGGUGGGACUUUCUGGGCUUUACCUUGGAUACAUGUUGAAGUCUUAA